AUGCAGGAGCAAACAGUGAACAUUUCGUCUGAUUUGGUUUUGGGAGUUGUGCAGGACACGUGGUCCACAUCAUUCAGCCCUCGUGCUACGGUCGGAUUGCACUCGUCGAAUUCCACAGCAACCUUGCGGUCGCAACUUUCUUCCACCAAAGCGCAUCGCAAGCGACCGCUUCUGCCAGGAUUGCCAGCACAAGUUCGCGAGCUUCGGGAUGCUUACAGCACUGUGGACAGCCAUGUUGCCGAGAGCCUUGAGCGUGAGUUGAAAGUUUUAGCCUUAGAACAUGAAGGCAUCGCAGUUGAAGAAGCCAAGGGUAUGUAUGCUAUUGUGGAGCAUUGUCACAGUUGCGGGAUUCAUCAUGCUCUGUCAACCCGACAUGACGAAGAAGAAUAUUUAAAGCGAGCUGCAUCGAUCCUUGAGCAAAUCUUGCAAGAUUUAUCCGACGUUGUUCUGGGUAGCAUGAAGCUACCAUGCAAGCUGGAGGUGAAGCCUCGCUGCCUGUCCAAUUCCUACGAGCUCGGCCAAGACAUUUGGCAUCAUGGUUCCCGGGUAGGCGCAUUCGAGGUAUACCUCUUGGUUCCGCCAGUCGGGCUCAAGCUGUCUCGUGAACGACUUCGAUUUCCAGGCGAUGUCGUCACUCCAGAAUGGAGCCCAACAUGUGGAGCGACGUUGGAGCUACCUUGUGGGUACAGUGUUGUGUUGUUGCACUCCAAGUUGGCUUCGAAUGCUUGGUUAACUCAAGACAUUCUUCCCAGAAGAUUAGCGGAUUUGGUGCCGCGCGGCAUUGUGGAAAUGAAGGUGGUGCUGGCUGGUGGUCAGCUGUUGCCAGACUUUGAUAUUGAAAUCAGCUUCAGAACUCCUCCGAGCAGGAAUUUCAACAGUAGUGCUGGAGAAUCGGUGAUGCACUUCUGUGCACAGGAUGGUCUUUGCCAAGUUGAAGGUGUGCCAUUAAAGACAGAGAUGCGCAUCACUGUGAAGCACCCGGUCAUGGAAACUCAGGACCUGAGGCUAGUUCUUACACGUCGUACCGCUCGGAUUGUUCUCGCCGGCGAUGCUGUCGUUCGCCUGUGGUGCAUUGAUCGACCUGGCGGCACUGCCGUAGUCAUGGCCGACUACGUCCAACAAAACAACGGCGUACCGUCGUCAGCGCGCCCUUUGCGUGGACAGGUGGAGCAGGCAAGCGGAGAGAGCGUUCAAAUUGAUGGGGUCUUCCGGCUGCCUUGGCGUGGAGCGAUGCAUCAAUUCGAGGGCGUCCAGGUGCUGCCAGUGGACGGGCACGACACUGAGCCAAAAAGUUUAUCCGCGGUCGAUUUCUCAGACCUCGACGCAUUCAGGAGAAAUCCGCAGGCCUCGCUGAUUUUUGGUCACAAUGUGACCAAUGCUCUGUGCUGUCAGAUUCCGUCAUCUGGAAUGGUGAGGAGUUGGAUGCCAGUGAAGCCUGCGCAGCCCGAGGAGGUGUUGUUUUCAAAACCCUGUGGUGUGAUCUUCGCGGCCCUUCGUGAUGUCAUCCUCAAAAUGGAGACGAACUUCCAAGACACGGAAGGCUCACAAUACACGGAGGACCUGUGGCACGCGACAGCACAGUCGAGCCCGGCACAGGCGUCUCUGACCCGGGAGAGCCAGAGCCAGAGCAAGAGAUGGAUCCUACAGGCCAGGGUCCAGUGGACCCAGUGA